AUGUCAAUAACGGGGCUAGGGAUCAGGAAUAAAAUCACAGGGGGAGGUAGCAAAGAUGGCACGUCGAAGGAAUCAUCAUGGCGCGGUGGUGACCUCAAAGGAAGAGGAAUGAAUCACGUUAAUGGAUGGAUGGGGAAAGGCAAAGAUUCGGAAUCAAAUGACCAUGUUGCAAUGCCAAUAUCAAGUCUGAAAGACCCUGCUGCCUUUGGGCCGCCUCCCAAAAACGUCAACUUUCAUGGAGGGGCAGCUCUUCCAAACCAGAUCACCCCGGAUAGGAGGGGCUGGGGAGCACCGUUAUCACAAGAGGAAAUACAGGCUCAUCAGCAAGCAGAGGAAGAGGAAGCACGACGGGAGGCGGAAGAGGCAGCAAGGCCCAAACCACCUCCUAUGCCAUACAGAGCAGACACUACCGGCUUAUCAACAUCUCACCUGCCUCCUCCUCCGGGACGUAAAGAUGGAGCAGAUGGCCGGAGUCCACCACAUCCACCCAUCAACAAGCCAAAGCCCCCAAGUCUUCCACCAAGACUUCCACCCCGACAAAACUCAAAUCCCGCCCCAUCUCCUCCUCCCACACACAAUACUACAGCAUCCGAGCCAGAUUCGCAUAGGGGCAUACUCAACCAGGGAUCCUUGAGCAGAUUAGGGGCAGCCGGUCUUUCCGUUCAGGGCUUCGGAAUCGGAGAGCAAAAGGGACGGGAACCAGUCCCUCCUCCGGCAGCAGCAUCUUCGUCGCGAAAUUCCUCGAGAGAUCCCCCGCAAGCCAAUACCUCGCAGCUCAAUGAGCUGCAAUCCCGCUUUUCCCGUCGUGCCCCAUCUUCACCUAAGCCCGAAAGUCCCAGCGAGGGUACCUCGUUCGCCCAAAAGCAGGCUGCAUUGAAAACCGCAUCUUCGUUUCGAAAUGAUCCCUCCUCUGUCUCUCUGAGCGAUGCCAGAUCAGCAGCAAGCACGGCAAAUAACUUUCGGGAAAGACACGGUGAGCAGGUGAAAUCAGGAUGGCAGUCGGCAAACAAACUCAAUACCAAGUAUGGCAUUUCGGAUAAAGUUGGGGCCUAUGGCGGAGUUGGGGAUUCACAGCAAGAGGUUGCUUCUCCGCAGGGAAGGGCAAGUUUGAAUGGCUUACCGCAGGUGGCUGGGUUGAAGAAGAAGCCUCCGCCUCCACCUGCGAAGAAAGCCCAGUUGACGAGCCCGAAUACUGGCAAAGAACCACUGCCGCCACCUAUCCCGCUGUCAAGUAAACCCAAACCCCAAUCUGCUAGCUCUCAUGGUACGGGGGAACUCGACCUUGACCUCAAAACGUUGUGGUUCGCCCAAAUGCCGCCGUUAUUCCCUCCACCUAGCCUCGGCCGCAAUGGUAAAAUCAGCCACGCAUCGAGUUCUGGCUGGAGCUCUAAUGGCGUUCGGAAAACCCAUACGUUCAACGCUGUUAUACAAGAUAAUAGUACGAUGGCGAGGACGAAGAUACUCCUAACAUGGGAUGCUAGUAAUCCUGGCUUGACAGUCAACGCCCAGCAGAAGCAUUUCCCCCCUCCACGUAAACUGAGCAUGCACGAGCUUAACGACUGUCGAGAGAAAUAUUCCGAAGCCCUUGCAAGCUGGUGCGAAUCGAAUAUGGGCCAACAAGUAGGUGACGGCGAGUGCUGGACCCUAGCUCAUAAUGGACUUCAGGCUAUCGCAGCAAAGUGCUCUGCACGCGGCCAAGAACCCUGCAUGACCUCCCAGUCUCUCGUACACGGUUACAAACUGUACUCGUUCAUGCCAGCAAUCUCCCCACAUCCUGAUCCAAGAGGUGGCGUGCUUGAAGCCGGUGUAUCAAGAGGCGAUAUUAUACAGUUUUUAACGGCACAUUUCCACGCGAAGGAUGGGAGCCAGAAAUGGGCGGGUGCUCCUGAUCACACAGCUGUGGUUGUUGGAAUAGGUUCCAACGGGGAGUUAAACGUGGUUGAACAGAAUGUUGGUAAUGUAAAAAGGGUCCAACGAGGCUCAUAUGACAUGUCUGAGCUGGUCAAGGGAGAAGUGCGGAUUUUCCGGGCUGUUGGCAUAAACUGGGCAGGGGAGCUAGAUCCAAGUUGGUGA